CAAAAACCGGCUCCCGAUUCAUGAAGAGAAAAUGUCAAAAGCGCUUCUCAGUGGUGUCGUGGAAGGCGGCUACAAGAAAGUACGCAGUUUGUGUUUCGUGCCACUCAGAGAUUUGGCUCUCAGGAUUAUUUACAGAGCACAUCCCUUUUUGGAAGGAGAUCGACAAAGGAAGGCAAACUUCGAAGGUUAACGCAAUGGCGACGAACAAGAAGUACGCCGGCAGUCGAGGACACCAGCACAACUCGACGUGCUCCGCAGCGAUUUCAAGACAAGCCCAAGCAGCCGCUGCUGCUGCCCGCCAAGCAGCCGAAUCUGCUGAAUACUCUGUAAAAGCGUUUUUGAAUGACCAAGCCAGAUUUCGGGUUCGCGCAGGCCUAACCGCGACCGCUUACUCGUUAUCUGGACGUUCACCUUCUUCACAGGCUUACGCUUGCCCCCCGUAUCUGGCCAACAACGGGAGACUGGGAACACGUUCCACGGAAGACACCGACACCACGGUUUCCACCACCGGUGACAGCAGGAAAAGCACCGGGCUGUCUGAAGCGGAAACUACAGCUGAGAUUUUCUUCACGAGUUUCAACCAAGGAUCCCCGUUUAUUCCGCGUACGGGGAUGCAAUAUUGAUGCACAGCUGAUGCAGCUCAUGAGGCAAGUGUGACGUUUGGUUUCCAGUCUCAGCAUCCAGUUAAAUUCCGAUGAGAGCUUUUUCUCGCGACCAUACGUUUCCAAGCAGCUUCGAAAGCCACAUUCAGCUACGCAGUGAUGUUCCAGACUUCGGAUGUGCCCCUUCAGUGCUUCGCUUUCUCUCUUUCGUGGGAUUACCGUCCACAAGGUUCUCCGCGGAACCCGAAUGUGGUACAGUGUGCCUGCUGGGGCACGCAAGAUGACCACAAGAGAAGUUUCGUUGACUUCUGUGCAAUCUUGGCACCUCCCAGGAAAGCGCGUCUCUCUGUUCUAUUGGACAGCAGGACAGAACGGCGUAGCCUGACAAAGCAGCUUGUUGUGCAGCCA